CCCGCUGCGCUCAGCGCCUCCCGCAUCCCCGCAGGGCGUGAAGGAGUUCAAGUGCGAGGUGUGCGGGCGCGAGUUCACGCUGCAGGCCAACAUGAAGCGGCACAUGCUCAUCCACACCAGCGUCCGGCCCUACCAGUGCCACAUCUGCUUCAAGACGUUUGUGCAGAAGCAGACGCUGAAGACGCACAUGAUCGUGCACUCACCGGUGAAGCCAUUCAAGUGCAAGGUCUGUGGGAAGUCCUUCAACCGUAUGUACAACCUGCUGGGCCACAUGCACCUGCACGCGGGCAGCAAGCCCUUCAAGUGCCCCUAUUGCUCCAGCAAGUUCAACCUGAAAGGCAACCUGAGCCGGCACAUGAAGGUCAAGCACGGCGUGAUGGACAUCAGCCUGGACAGCCAAGAUCCCAUGAUGGACCUGUCUGGGGCUGAGCACACCGAGCUGGACGGGCAGCAGGAGAUGGAAGACUACGAGGAGGAGAACUCGUACGGCUAUGAGGGUGUGGGGAACCCCCCAGACGACGGCGCGCUGGCAGAGCAGGCCAUGAAGGAAAUGGCUUAUUACAACAUGUUGUAGCAAGGAGGGCGGGUGGCCCGGGGUGGGGGGGGGGUGGCGAAAUGGAUCCAGCGUGUAAGAGAACUGCUGCUGGGAUGCAGUGCUGCUGCAGGGGGGUGGGCAGGCGGGGACAUCCCUAAAGCACGGCCAGGCACAGGGCAGGGAGCCUGGGAGAACUCCUGCCUUCAUGAGGUCAUUCCUACCGGGGGCCCAUUCUCCCUAAACCUCUGGAGAAGGAGUGUCCUCCUACCCGGUGCCCUGCCACCCCUUUGUCCCUCACACCUCAGUGGUGGCCGGACCCUCACCCCGUUCCUCACCUGUGUGAUGUACUUGAAGCUGGCAGGCUGCAUCCCAGCAGACAACGAGCAUCACUCCUGAUCCUACCUCCUGGGUCCCCGCUCAGCUGCACCAUGCCGUGCAUCAGCCUGGCAUCCCCUGCACGGAGUCCAGCACUGCACCGCCUCGCGCUUCCCAGCUCCUCACAGCCCAGAGCAGCUCCUGUUGCUCUGGCACCGGCGGUGAGCUGGUACGGGCAGAGCUGGGGCAGGCCACGAGAGGCCACAGGGCACACACACAAAGAGUAUUUUCUUACAAACUAAUUGCAAAGCUCAGCGGAAGCAGCAGCUCUGAGUACAGAGUGGCUUUGGCGAGCAGUGUAUUUAAAGGAAGGCAAACCCUGUUCAACUUGAGCAAAUGAUGGUAUUUUGAAAGUAAUUUAUUUUUUUCAGAUGUGCCGCGUGGUUGGAUUUAUCUUUUCACUGAGUUCAGUUUCCUUCAACCAAUGUUCUUUGUAAACCUGU